AGUCCAGUGAUGUAAGCAUUAUACCAUCUGCUGGUCUCCAAAAAAAUUCUUAAAUUAGUGGUCACCUGGAGCUUGAGGAGCUGCAUGCGGGUGUCUGGGGUCUGACAAUGGCCAAGAACAAAUUUAGAGGUCAGAAGUCCAGGAAUGUAUUUCAUAUAGCCAGCCAAAAAAACUUCAAGGCUAAAAACAAAGCAAAACCAGUUACUACAAAUCUUAAGAUAAACAUUAUGAAUGAUGAAAAAGUUAACAGAGUAGUGAAUAAACCUUUUAUAAAUAUACAAAAAGAACUGGCACACUUUUCAAGAGGUCUUUCUCUUGAACCUCUACAGAAAGAUCUGAUUCCUCAGCAACAUCUUGAAAAUGAACCUGUUAAUGUUGAUGAAGCUACAAGAUUAAUGGCUCAGUUGUAAUGUAGUGAUGAUAUAUCAAAGUACCCAAAAAGUUCAAUAAAUUAAAUGUUUUAUACAAAAAGAAAAUUCUUAAAUUAGUGUUGAUGUCCUGAAGUAAUUGGUGUCAUAUAAUACUACACACACACAGACACACAUGCACACACACACAGAGACUCACAUCAACAGUCAUUUAAAAACACUUCUCACAUGAGAUCGGAGUCAUAUUUUCCAUCAGAAAUCUCCAGGGUUUUAAGUUUAUUUCUUCUGUGAAUGAAUGGAAUAGAGAGAGUGCAGCCCCAAGAGGGUCUCGAUGCCAUGGCUUGCCCAGCUUCAGCCCUCCCAGGCCACGUGCACAGGCACACCAGAUACUCAGAGGGCACCUGCACACGUAGGAGGUCUCCAGGCAUGACCAGGGCCUUGCCAUGUGGAGCUGCCUCCCAGCAUCCCUCUACCACUGUGCUGCCGUCUAUCUCCCUCCUUCCGCCCCACCAUAGGGUUUUUACUUCAAGCAUAGGAAAGUAAUCAAAAGGA